CGCUGGGACACCCGCAAGACCCCUCCACCCCAUACAGCACCCAGACACCCACUGACUUUAGUAUUACUUGGGGGUCGGUCAUUAGGGUGUCCUGUCUCCUGUAAUCAUUAUAUAUUAGACCAUCUCCCCCAUACACAACAAUGUCCCCUAUAAUAUGUUGUCGGGUCGGGAUAAGAUCUGUAAUACAAUUUAUUUCUUGGGAUCAGAUCCUGUAGGUGAAAGUUCCCUGAAGGAGAAAUCGCAGAACUGGAGGCCAUUUACCGCAGGAGUCCAGAAAGGCAGUGGGCAGAUCCAGCUAUGGCAGUUCCUCCUGGAGCUCCUGUCCGAUCACUCCAACGCCAACUGCAUCGCCUGGGAAGGCACCAAUGGAGAAUUCAAGCUGACCGAUCCCGAUGAGGUCGCCCGACGCUGGGGAGAGAGGAAAAGCAAACCCAACAUGAACUACGACAAGCUGAGCCGCGCCCUGCGCUAUUACUACGACAAGAACAUCAUGGCCAAGGUCCAUGGCAAGAGAUACGCCUACAAGUUUGACUUCCAUGGCUUGGCCCAGGUGUGCCAGUCUGCGCCCAGCACUGAACAGUCUCUCUACAAGUUCCAGUGCAAUCUCCCGCACUUACCGUUCCCCGGCCUCUCCAAGCUGAACCUCAUGACCUCCGGGGUCUCUCCCGCUGGAUUCUCUUACUGGCCCGGGACCCCCUCAGCCCUGUACCCCAGUCAUAGCCUCCAGUCCGCUCCUGGUGGAUUUGGCGCAGUGUCCACCCCUCAUCUUAGCUCCAUGAACAGUGUGGGCAACAUGAGUGCACAUUACCAUUAACUCCUUGUAUGCCAGAUACUGGGAAGGACUGGGCCAUCUCCCAGAAUAUUUGUGAAUAAGAGCACAGGUCACUAGUGAGUUCAUGUUGUAUCGGUCACUGGCAGCGGCUAUAGGAGAUCUGUCAGGUCUGUAUCUGGGAGCGGCUCAGGACACAGGGGAAGGGGCUGAGCUCAGUGAUGUCUAAGAUUUCACCCAGAAUAUUCAUGGAUAAAGCUUUGUCUACUGCCAGGACACCGUGAGGAAACCUGUGAGUCCUGAUCUCUGCAUCCGCUCAUAGAGAAAGCCUGUGAGUCCUGAUCUCUGCACCCGCUCAUAGAGAAAGCCUGUGAGUCCUGA